AUGGUCAGCAUACCGAAACGUUAUCGUAACACCUCGAUUCAUGAGCAAUUAAGGAGGAAGUCUUAUGUACUCAUGACGCACUUUGAUCUGCACGCCACUUUCAUGGACAUUCUGAAGGCUGUCAUGAACACUUUUGAGGUCCAGCCACUGUCGAACUUCUCGGAUACAUCAUACCGCGCACCGCAGGGCAGUGGCUCAUCCUUGUUUAGAGAAUGGAGAGGACCAAGAAACUGUCGCACGUUACCGAUUCCGUCACAGUAUUGUAUUUGCCAAUAUAAUCGAACCAAUCUAACGUUAGUUCCAUGA